UCGGCCAAUAAACUUUCGUAAAUGACAAAAUGGCCCCUGUGCAAUUAUUUCUGACCAUUUCCGUCGAUCUCGAACUCUGAAACAGCAGAAUCCGCAACACACCGACACACAAAAGAGAGAACAAUGGCGGCUAAUUUCAUCAGGCUCGACGAUUCCCCAAUGUUCAUGAAGCAGGUAUAUUCUCUUGAACAAACAUCGGAGGACUUGAAAGAUCGCUGCCAGAUACUGUACAAAGGAUGUAAAAAAUUUAUGACAGCUAUUGGAGAGGCUUAUAAUGGAGACAUCUCUUUUGCAGAUUCUUUAGAAGCAUUUGGUGGUGGACAAGAUGAUCCUAUUAGUGUGUCUAUAGGAGGUCCCGUCCUAUCCAAGUUCAUUACUGCAUUUCGUGAGCUUGCUACAUAUAAGGAGCUUCUUCGUUCCCAAGUGGAGCAUGUAUUGCUUGAUCGGCUGAUGCACUUUAUAACUGUUGAUCUGCAUGAUGCUAAGGAGUCUCGUAAGCGAUUUGACAAAGCUAUACAUGCUUAUGAUCAGUCACGUGAGAAGUUUGUGUCUUUGAAGAAGGGUACACGCGAAGACAUUGUGGCUGAACUAGAAGAGGAUCUACAGAACUCAAAGUCAUCAUUUGAGAGAAGCCGCUUUAAUUUAGUAAAUUCCCUUGUGAAAAUUGAAGCAAAAAAGAAAUAUGAAUUUUUGGAAUCUUUUAGUGCUAUUAUGGAUGCUCAUCUGAGAUAUUUUAAGCUGGGAUAUGACUUGUUGAGUCAGCUGGAGCCAUUUAUUCACCAGGUAUUGACAUAUGCACAACAAUCGAAAGAACUAGCCAACAUUGAACAAGAUAAACUUGCAAAAAGAAUUCAAGCAUUCAGGACACAAACAGAGUUGGAGAGUCUAAAAGCUUCCACUAACAUGGAGGCCUCAAGACAUGCUAGUGGCAUUCAUGCUGUUGGUAUGAGUUCUUACAAAAACAUAGAAGCAAUUAUGCAAUCCACUACAAAAGGGGAGGUGCAAACGAUAAAGCAAGGCUAUCUCUUAAAACGUUCUUCAAGUUUGAGAGGAGAUUGGAAAAGGAGGUUCUUUGUACUUGACAGCCAGGGGACUUUAUAUUAUUAUAGAAAUAAGGGUACGAAAUCCAUGGGAUCUCAACCAAACUAUUCAGCUGGUUCAAUGGAACAUAAUAGCAGCAUGUUCAGUAGAUUCCGCUCAAAGCACAAUAAAGCAUCAUUACUCAAUGAAGAAAACUUGGGUUGUCAUACUGUUGAUCUCCGUACUUCAACAAUAAAGAUUGAUGCAGAAGAUUCAGAUCUGCGGCUUUGCUUCAGAAUAAUAUCUCCAGCAAAAACUUAUACAUUGCAGGCUGAAAAUGGAGCAGACAGAAUGGACUGGAUAAACAAAAUAACAGGGGUUAUUGCAUCCCUUUUAAAUUCUCACAUUCUGCAACAGAGUGAUUUAUAUAAACUGCAGCCGCACCCUGGAACAAAGCUUCUAGACAAUAAUGACUCUGCCAUUAGUGCUUAUGACGUUCGAUCAUUAAAUGGUCUUCCUGAGGAUGAUCUGAAAGUCAAUCAAGCUGAUAAUGUUUCUAAAGUUCUCAGAGAAAUUCCUGGAAAUGAUCUGUGUGCAGAAUGCAGUGCUCCUGAACCUGAUUGGGCAUCUUUAAAUCUUGGCAUUUUGUUGUGCAUUGAGUGCUCUGGUGUUCAUCGGAAUCUUGGUGUUCAUGUUUCAAAGGUAAGAUCUAUCACAUUAGAUGUCAAGGUUUGGGAACCUCCCAUCUUGGAUCUGUUUCGCACUCUUGGAAAUACGUAUUGUAACUCUAUCUGGGAGGAACUACUACUACUUCAGAAGGAAAGAUUAGGUGAAUCAAAUGUUUUCUCCUCAACAGUUAUGAAGCCAUGCCCCAAAGAUGCAAUUCACCAAAAGGAAAAAUAUAUUCAAGCAAAGUAUGUAGAGAAACAUCUUGUCAGCAAAGAAGCAACUGUAGCUGACAUUCCUUCUGCCAAUAGCAUCUGGGAGGCUGUUAAGAGUAAUAAUUUGAGAGAAGUAUAUCGCCUUAUAGUGAAAUCAGAUGUGAGUAUCAUCAACACCACCUAUGAUGAGUUGGUUGGUGUUAAUUUACAUCACACCAUUGAUGCACAAGAGUCAGAGGUUGGUUGUCACUCAGUAGAAAGGAAGCAGUAUGAUCCAAGUGUCUGUCAGAGGAUUAAGGAUUCCAGCUCUCCAGCUAAUUGUCUUCAAGGUUGUUCAUUAUUGCAUCUAGCAUGUCAUUUGGGCAAUCAAGUGAUGGUGGAGCUGUUGUUGCAAUUUGGUGCUGACAUAAACAUGCGAGACUUUCAUGGAAGGACUCCUCUGCACCAUUGCAUUUCCAGAGGGAACAAUAAAUUGGCAAAGUUUCUACUUAGAAGAGGUGUCCGUCCUUCAAUCAAAGAUGGUGGAGAUCUAAGUGCAUUGGAAAGAGCAAUGGAGUUGGGAGCCAUAACUGACGAGGAGCUAUUUAUUUUGCUUGCCGAAGGCCAAUGAGAACAUAAUGUCCCACCUCAGUGUAUAAUGUCCGCAGUACAAUGCCAUUCAGUGUAUCUAUUUUCAAUUGAACUCCAAAAUCUUAGCAUUUCAGUCAAGAUUUGAGCAAACAAACAUUCCUGGUGGCAAGACCUUUGUUGAUUGAGAACGGCCUCUCUACUCUGUAAGAGGAAAAUAUGUUGUUAAAGAAUGAUGUCUCCCAAAAUGUAUUGUAUUUCAUUACUGUCCUGGAGUUGUUGUCUUUGAAAUUGCUUGACAAAAUAAUAUGUGUUUCCUAUUCUUUCAAAGGUUCUAUGAGUUAAAAAUUUGCUUGCAGAA